AUGACGGCCCUCGCACGACGACUCGAAGCGACCCUCGCCUCACGGAGCGAUCGCCAAAUGCUCCGCGCACUCGACCCGAACCCGCCGCCCUCCUCAACCCUCGUCGACUUCUGCUCAAACGACUACCUUUCCCUCUCGCGCUCGCCGAACCUUCGUAAAAAGCUCCUCGACGAACUGAACAAGCCCUCUACACCUCUCUUCGGCCCGCCAUCCUCCCGGUUGUUGGACGGCAACUCCACCCUCCACGCCUCGCUCGAACACCGUCUUGCCUCAUUCUUCUGCGCCCCCUCUGCACUCCUCUUCAACUCCGGCUUUGACGCCAACUCGGGAUUGUGGUCGUGUCUGCCAGCACCGGACGACUGGAUCGUCUUUGACGAGCUUGUCCAUGCGAGUAUUCACGAUGGGAUGCGGGCAUCGCGAGUACCGAAAGAGCGAAGGAGGGCGUUCAAGCAUAACGACGUCAAGGCGCUUGAACGUUUGCUUAGACAAAUUGUCGAGCAGGACGAGGGUGUGCGGAGCGGGGCAAAAAGCGUCUGGGUAGGAGUUGAGACGUUGUAUUCGAUGGAUGGGGACUUGGUGCCGCUGAAGGAGGUCGCCGAGGUUGUUGAGCGGGUAUUGGUAGCGGGGAACGGGCAUCUAGUGGUGGAUGAGGCCCACUCGACUGGCUUGUAUGGCCCGAACGGCCGUGGACUCGUCUGCGCACUCGGUCUCGCAAAUCGCGUAACAGUCCGCGUGCACACCUUCGGAAAGGCGAUGGCUGCAAGCGGAGCCGCCGUCCUCGCUUCCCCGCUCAUCCGGAACUACCUCAUCAACUACGCGCGACCGCUUAUUUACUCGACGACGAUGACGCACUUGAGCGCGCUGGCUGUGCACAAGUCGCUCGAGUUGCUGGAAGAAGGCGGCAGCGAGGAGCCCGCCGCCAACGUCCACUCGCUCGCCUCUCUGCUCAUCUCCCGCCUGUCAGCCGUCCUCCCUUCAACUUCCUCCGUUUCCCUCCCCCGGGAACUCCUCGCACUCGCUUCCUACUCUUCCACCUCUUCUCACCGGCUCACAUCCCCCAUCAUUCCGCUCCUCACGCAAACUCCGCGUCCACUCUCUUCCUUCCUCCGCCAAAAAGGCUUCCUCGUCCGGCCUAUCACGUAUCCCACGGUACCGAAGGGCGAGGAACGCGUGAGGGUGUGUCUGCAUGCGGGGAAUGCGAGGGAGGAGGUGGAGGGGUUGGUUAGGGCUGUGGAGGAGUGGGUGAAGAGGGAGGAGAGGGAGAAGGAAGAGGGCCGGGUACAGGACGGGCGUCCGUCGAGCCACUCGGCGGAGGCGUUACAGGCCAAGCUAUAG